UCAAGGACUGGAUAUGAUGCCGGAGUGGAUUGGUGGGCAUUUGCCGUUAUGCUUUACAAAAUGGCCACCAGAAGAUAUCCAUUCAGCCAGAAUUCCAUUCAGAAGCUGAUCCAUUCUGUCAUGUAUGAGCAGCCUCCUUUUCCAGUGAAUCUCAGCAGCGAUUUCAGAGAACUGCUGCAGGAGCUCCUAGAGAAGAAUCCCAACAAGCGCCUGGGCACAACAGGAGACAUAAGGCAGCACCGAUUUUAUCAAUCUGUUGACUGGACAGCGCUGGAGAAUAUGAAGAUCUCACCCCCUGCCAAGCCAAGAGCAAUACCAGCUGUGGAAACCAAUGUUAUUCAGAAAGAGCUACUGUCAUUCCUGGAAGACAUGGAAUUUAUCAGCGCUUCAGGUGGCUCAACAAUGAUUCAGGACCUUGCAUUCCUGAGUCCCAGCUGGAAAAUAUAACCUGUUACAGUCAUUGGGCCCCUGCCCCUGGGCCCUUAACAUCAGCCCCUGCCCCUGGGCCAUUAAGAUCGGCCUCUGCCCCAUGGCCCUAACAUUGGCCCCUGCCUCUGAUCCCUUAACAUCGGUCCGUGCCUCCAACACUUUCUCUUGGCCUAACCAUCAGCCACUUUUUCUUGGCCAAACCACCGGCCUUUUUCUCUAGGCCUAACAAUAGGCCCCUUUCUCUUGGCCUAACCAUCAGGCCCUUUCUCUUGGCCUAACCAUCGGCCCCUUUAUCUUGGCCUAACCAUAGGCCCCUUCCUAUUGUUUCUUACAAGUAGCCACACCAUCGCUCCUCCCUAACUCAGGCCCACACCACCUCUGGCCCCCACCAUCAACCUGCUCCACCUUGGGCCCCCGCCAUCAGCAUGCCCCACACUAUCGCCCCUAGCCACCCAUGGCCACACCAUCGGCCCUCCCCACCCAUGGCUCAAAACAUCGGCCCUCCCUACCUCUGGCCCACACCAUCUGCCCUCCUCACCCAUGGCCCACACCAUCAGGCCACCCAUGGCCCACACC